UUUAAGUUUAUCAGUCGUCAUUUCACAUCGCUACUGUAGGACGGAGAACGUCAGGACUCAAUUUCAUCAUAUUUCUCUUACAACUGUGGUGGAGAAUUGCCUACUAUGAACUGAAACUCUUCCUAAAAUCAAAAACAAGUAGAUCCCAGUGUCGAGUUGUAAUUUUUUGCACCUCAAUGUAGCUAGAGGAAAUGGCUGUGGAAAGCAUGACUGUCCAUCCAAACUCCCCAACUACCAACCACGAACACAACAGUCUCCUGACUGACGAAAGGCCAGAGGAUGGAGAGCUGGAGGAGGGCGAGCUGGAAGAUGAUGGGGGAGAUGUGGAGGAGGUGGAGAUUGGUGGAGGUACGUCCGCAGCAGCAGCUGCAGGAACAGGAGGAGGAGGAGGAGGAGGAGGCGGCGUAGAUGGCGGCGAUGAAGCAAGCGGAGGAGGUGAAGCGGGAGGAGAAGAGGCUGGGGAGAGGCCUCGGCGAAGUAAGGAGCGCCACGCCAGCAGCAAUUCAGAUGAUGAGAGAUCCCACCGUCGCAAGAGGAAGAGGAAGAAGGAGAGGGAGCGAGAAAGGGAGAAGAGGAGGGCCAAGAAAAAACGCAAAUCCAAGCACAAACGUCAUGCAUCCUCUGAUGACGACCACUCAGACUUCAGUGACGACUCUGACUACAGUCCCAGUGAGAAGAGGAAGUACAGAGAGUACAGUCCACAGUACCCCCCUCCUUCUCAUGGGGGCUACGGCUCAAAGAAGGGCCCCUACAUGAAGAUGGAAAAGCAGAGCUACGGGGGCUACGAUGACUUUGAAGAGGACAACUUUGAGGGAGAGGAAGAGGAGGACAUUGGGGAUGAAGACUAUGACGACUUCACCAAGGAGCUCAACCAGUACCGCAAGGCCAAGGAGGGAGGAGGCGGCCGCGGGCGAGGUGGGUCCACGGCAGCCGGGUUAAAGCUGUCGAAGUUGAAAAAUAGACUCGGGGGCAAGGGUCGCAUGAAAAACCAGAGAGGCCGUGGAGGAAUGAGGGGGGGGAGGAGGGGAAGAGGAGGAAGCAGAGGAAGAGGAGGUCGAGGAGGAGUUGGAGUUGGUGGUGGAGGAGGAGGAGGAGGAGGAGGAGGAGGAAAGAUGGGAGGAGACAACGACGAUGGAGAGGGCUAUGGAGAAGACAUGGAGUAUGGAGAUGAUGACUACGACAACAUGGGUGGUGGUGGUGGUGGUGAUGAUGACUACGAUGACUACUCGAAAGAACUUAAUCAGUACAAAAAGUCCAGAGGCAGAGGAGGUAAAGGUGGCCGCGGACGAGGGAGGGGUAAAGGAGGGCGGGGUAUGCUCAGAGGAGGAAGAGGUCGAAACCGCGGUAGAGGAAGAGGUGACAUGGGGAAUGAGGACGACAACAACGGGGACAUGGACAACGGGGACGGAGGUGUGGGAGGUGAUGGACCUGGACCAGGACCAGGGAGGAGAAAUCACAAUGAGAAGCACCAGGAUAAGAAAGGAAAGGCCAUCUGCAAGUACUACAUUGAGGGACGAUGCACCUGGGGGGACCACUGCAACUUCAGCCAUGACAUCGAGCUGCCCAAGAAGAAGGAGCUGUGCAAGUUCUACAUCACUGGAUUCUGUGCCCGAGCCGACCACUGUCCUUACAUGCAUGGUGAAUUCCCCUGUAAGCUGUUCCACACCACAGGGAACUGUGUCAACGGCGACGAAUGCAUGUUCUCCCAUGAUGCCCUCAAUGAUGACACCCAGGACCUGCUCAACAAGAUGCUGGAAGAAGAUGCGGAGGCCGGAGCGGAGGAUGAGAAGGAGGUGGAGGAGCUGAAGAAGCAGGGGAUCAACCCUCUCCCCAAACCCCCUCCUGGAGUUGGCCUCCUCCCCACCCCUCCUCGGCCUGUUCCUCUAGAAACCAACACAGGUUCUGGGGAUUUUGGCGGGCCUGCGCCGGGUGACUUUGGGGGUCUUUCUGCGCCUAACCAGGGGCCCAUUUCUAACAAAGGUCCCCCAGGACCAGGGCCUAUUCCUGGGCCUAACCCCUGUGCUGGUCCCCCUCUCCACGGCCCUGACGGAAGUCCCUUCCAAGGCGGGCCCCCAAAUCCCGGUGGCCCUCCUCCCCACAUGGGCCCCCCACCUCCUUGUGGUGGAGGGGGAGGUGGCAUGGGGAAGAAGAUCCCCUCACUGUUUGAGAUUAAAGUUCAGCCAACGGGACAGCUGGCUCAUAAACUGGCCGUCAGGGGCCAGACUCCCAGUGGCAACCAGGGUCAGACUGCAGCACCUGGACCCCAAGGGGCACCUGGUGCCCCUCCCCCUUGCUUCCCUGCUCCCCCAGGCAUGAUGCCCCCUGACAUGCAGAACAUGGGACCCAACCUUGGGAUGAACCAGGGGCCCCCCAACAUGGGCCCAGGCGGACCGCCCAUGAUGGGAGGAUUUGCGUCUGGUGACGGUCCUCCACAUGGAGGUGCUAUGCCUCCAGGUCCUCCUCCGGGCGGAGGAAACUUCUUCAACAGCUUCUUCAAUCAGCAGGACAGUAUGCAGAUGGAGGGAGUGGUGCAAGAAGGUGACAACUACCAGGGUUUCGCCGGUAUGGACGAGAGAGGAGGAGCGGGGAAUGUUGGUCAUCCGUCGGGUGGCAGUCAAGACAGCUCUGCUAAUGGAGCGUCAGCCAAUCAAGGAGGGAUUUCUGUGCCGGACUUCCUGCCUCCAGCGCAGCGCGUCCUGUUCAUGAGGAUCCAACAGAAGCAGCAGGAAGAAGAGGAAAGAGCUCGCAGGAUGGCCGAGGGAGGAGCAGAGAAGAGCAGAGACAUGGAAGGUGACUCAGGGAACUGGUACUCGAGUGAGGAUGAGGAUGGCGGAGGUAGUGUGACCUCCAUCUUGAAGACGCUCCGUCAGCAGACCAAGGCUCCUCAAAAAUCGGACCCCCCCCCGAGCGACCCUCGCCUCCAGAAGGCCCCCCCUGCCGGCGCUCCGGCUCGGCCGGCAGACCCCCGCUUGGCUCGGGACCCACGCCUGGCACGUGCUGCGGAUCCGGCCGACUCCGCCCACUCAAUGCCCGCUCUGUCUUCCUCUGGGCCGCCUGCGGACCCCAGGUUAGCCCGGCUAACUACUGCUGGUUCCGCGGGCUCCACCUCCCACUCGCAUUCUGCUCCUAAACCAGAGCCUCCCCUCGUCUACAAACCCCCGCCGCUUACAACCCCGGCAGCGGAGGAGGAGGAGACGGAGCGGGUGCUACGGGACAAGCCGGUGCCGAUUCCUCUGGACCCGCUCAUGGGUAUGGCUCUGAGAGACCCACGCUCACAGCUGCAGCAGUUCAGCCACAUCAAGAAGGAUAUUGUUCUCCACAUGCCGGCCUUCGCCAAAGCCAUCGCCUGGUCUCCUGAGGACCUUCUUCCUCUCCCCAUACCCAAGCAGGACCUUCUUCCUCUCCCACCAGGCAUCCCUCCAGUCUCCUCCGUAGACCCACGUCUGUCCCGCACUCAGCCGCCGCUCCAAACAUCGCUCCCUCACUCACAGCCUCCUCCUGUCCAGCCUCCUCCCUCCUCCUUGGACCCCCCUGCUCCUUCUUCCUCCACCUCCUCCCUCCCAGACUUUGAACUCCUUUCUCGUAUCCUGAAGACUGUCAACUCCACUGGGUCCACCUCCCCCAUGCCUAUGCCUCCCCCAUCUGCAGAAAAGCCCGUUGACCCCCGUAUGUCCCGUAAAGUCCUCUCAGACCCACGUCUCCAGCCCCAGAAGUCAGCACUUAAGCAACCAUCCGACCCUGUGCCUCCUCCUGUCUCCUCUACCUCUCCAGCAACAGCAGCUAGCUCCUCUCCCCCUACCAUCGCCCCCUAUGACCCCAGGCUGCUCUCCUCUGGUGGGGCAGGCCGCGGUGUGGGCGCUGGGGCACCAGGGGGAGCCAGCGUGCUGAGCAACAUCAGUCUGUAUGACCCGCGGACUAACAAACCAGGCAGCCCUGGUACCAGCAGCGCCUCCAACAACUCCCCCAACUCAGCCAGCACAGAGUCCAAACCCAGUGACCCCCCGGCAAGUAAGCCUAAAUCCAAGGAGCCCCUGUUUGUUCGGAAGUCUGCGUUGGACCAGCCAGAGCCGGAAAAAAGUGCAGAGCAAGGAACCGAUCGAUACAACAGCUAUAACAGGCCCCGGCCUAAGCCUGCACCCUCGCCCAACUCCGCGGCCCAGGGAGGGCCCGCUGCAGCAGCAGCCGCCACCGCCGCAGGCCAGGGGGCUCCUGGAGCUGCUGGGGAUCAGGGGCCCGCAGGUGUCCACAACCUGCCAGUGUCCUCUUUAUUUGGUGUGGUGAAGCAGGCGGCCAAGCCAGGCGGGACGGGCAGCCCCUUUGGAGGCAGCAGUCCGGUGCAGUCUGACCAGACGACCACGGAGCAGGACAACGCCUCGCUGAAGGACGUUUUCAAAGGCUUUGACCCCACAGCCUCGCCCUUCUGCCAGUGACCCCCCCCCCCCCCCACCCCGACCAUUGAACCCUAAAGCCCAUCAUGUGGUCGGCCGAUGGCUCGUUUUAACAUUUUUGGACACUGAACAGAACAGUGAAAAGGAGAAAGAAAAGCGCACUGAGGCAACUACCUGUAAGACUGGUUAAGAAGACCGACUUUUGUGAACAAACUGAUGUCACACGAUAUGUUACACACACACACACACACACACACACACACACACACACACACACACACACACACACACACACACACACAAACACACACACACACUUUACCACAGUGUUGCAGAUUCAGAUUCUAUAAAAGACUCUUGGGUUAUGGGAAGGGUUUAAAGUUAAAUCUCUAAAGCUCUAUUUUAAACAAACAUAUUGAUGUAUACAUAAAUGUAUUCUCUUCUUCUCAAUGCUUAAAGAAAACAGUUAUUCAGACAGCAGCAAAAACACAUUUAUAUGAAAUGAACGUUUUAGCUUUAGCAUUUUUUUUUCAAAUUCAUUUCAUUUCCUUAAUUUUCUCCUCACCUUUAAACUGGUUGAUGUGCUUGUCUGUAUUUUUGGGCAGUCAGAGUUGACAAUGCUCUUGGGAACAAAUGAAAGGCCAGGAAUUUUUCCCAACAAAAUAUUGCUUAUUUCUGGUGUUUUGUGAUUAAAAGAACAGCACUGACUGAACGGCAACUCCUUUAACACUGUUGCCCAUCUGAAACAAAUGACCCUCUACAGCACUGCCUUUAUAUCUCUUUAACCCAUGUCCAAAAGUUUUGUCAAACUAUAGCAUACAUCUUUUCAUUACAACUCACCAUGUCACAUUUGCUGCAGAAACAGUUGCAAAUACCUAAACUUAAAUUUAUAUUCUGCGUUCUUUUUGUAUUUAUUUUUCUACUUUGCACUGUCGGUUUGUGUCCUCCGAGGGCUGUAUUCAUGUUUUUAAUGUCUGUAGCUCCUACAGCUGUUCAUAUACGGUUUUAUUUCAGGUAUUUAACUCUUACCCAAAAACGGGUAACUGCCGGUACAGGAAGUGACUUGUGGUCUUUCAGUACGGCCUCUCUAACCACUACGCCACUGUUGAUACUUUUUUUUUCUCUUUUUUUUUUCUUCGGCAGUCCUUUUGCUACAGGGAGAAAAGGCUUUCAUGUGAACAUUUUGUUUAAUCUUUCUGUAAAAAAUGGAGCGUUCAUAACUGACAGCUUCUCUAGCUUUAAGGUAGAAAAGAUGGAAAAUAACCCCACGUCCCUUUACAGUGGCAGAUUUUAGCUUUAUACCAUAGCAUCCGUAGAGGACAUUAAACAAGUUGGUUUUUUUUUUUUCCCUGCUGAAAGGGUUGCCUUAAAGGUGCAACCUGUAAUUAGUCAGCCCAGGUUGCUUAAUAAGAAUAGGACACUUUGAUUCACUGAUUCAGAAUUCACCAUCUAGCCUUUAGUUUUUUUUUUUUUAGUUUUUAUUUUGAUUUUAUUAACUAAUUUGUUAAGACUGGUUAAAACAGGACAGGACUGCAGAUUUCUGAGAGUGGCUGGUGGAACGGAGUCAUUUGCAGCCUCACAGCAUCAGUUUAUAAGCGUUUGGCUUUAGUGGCUGCUGACAGUGUGACAAUCAUAAACUAGACUUGGACCUACAAAUCAAUUAAUGCAUGAAUCUCACGUUGACCUGCGUAGGUGCUCCCACUACGGUCAGUCUGAGCGCUGCUUAAAGAAAACAUUUUCAAAUAAAAUGUCAGAUCUUAACAUUACCUGUGUUUCAAAACAAAUACUCAAUACAGACUGAACCGUUUUUUUCUUGCAGCUAAAGAAGUGCACACGAUGAGUCUUUACAUCUUUUCUCCAGAACCUCUCUUCAUAGUUUUCUAGUGCAGCGUCUGAAUCCGUCUGAGUAUAAGCGGUUAUUCCCGUUUUUUGCCCGAUUUAAUUGCCAGGCUUGUUUUGAAAAUCUUUAAACGUGGGGUCACUGUCGAGGAGCUUCCUAGAAGUUCCAGACUUCCAGAAGGUGUCAGGAUUGCCGUCGACCGUCUUGUGUAUAAAUGUUGAUCAUUUUAAUUUAUUUUUUUAUACUUGGGUAAAUAUACUAUCUCAUUUCACAUUUUUGAACAGAAUCAUUUUAUAUUUCAGAAAUAUGCGAUUGACGCUCACAUCAGUGGGACAUAGGCAGCCUGUGACCGUGUGAAGAGAGGAGAAAGACAUAUUUUUUUAUUUGGUUUUGUGUUUAGAGAUUCAAACUAACAAAAGAUUCACUAUUGCCCCCUCCUGUCAGGCCAUGAAAAAGCCUGUUAGAAGGCGGAGAGUCAGCAAUGGCAAGCGUGAAAUUGUUGAUUUGUUCUUUCCUCAUGGCUUUGUUGUUUGUUUCUUUUUUUUUUUUUUUUUCCUAUGUAAAUUUGACCAUUAUCCUGUCUUUGGAGGAAUGGAGUUUUCUAACUGUACACUGUAGGUUGUUAAAGUAUUUAAAUAAAGUUGAUAAAUGAUCAACCAGUUAAAUCUA